UGACCUACUCUCCUUUUUUUAUUCUCGUUUGAAGAGGUCAGUUUUAGACAAUUUUUAGACUUGAAAAUUAAUGAUCUCUCAUUCAAGCCUCGAAACGCUUCUUUUUCAGAGACAGAAACAAACGUCGAGGCAUUCAAAAAUUCUUGUUCUUCUCUUUUUUUUUCGUCACGCCUCCCGGUCAGGAUUAACCCUACGGUCGGAUCGCGACAAAGUUUUAUUUUAGGAUUUCCAUACUUUCUACUGGAUGUCGCUGAUUUUUUUCUUGUACUUUCUACUGGAAGUGGUCGAUUUGCACGGUAUGGAUCGAACGUGGGCGGGCGAGCGUUUCGGCUUGUAUUCGUGGAAAGUAAGAACGCGUGCACGAGAUGCUCUUGGAAAGCAGGGGAAUGGGAGGUCGAAGAGCAUCGAGCAAUCAAGCCGUCAAUUUAAAGCUUUUUCCCUGGUAAAACGAACGUCGAUCCUUUUCCCUCUCUAUUACGGUCGUUGCUUCCAUUUUUUCAAUCGGAUGGAAAAAGUUCUCGAGGGAAUUGAACGUUUUCCUAAUUGAGAAUCUUCAUCGACGCUAGUUUUUUAUGAUUCUCGAUUCGAAAAUGAUUAGGUCAUUUCAUUUAUUACAUUUUUGUAUCGGAAUACUAUGUGAAAUAAAAGCAAUUUUAUAUUUCGUCUGGUUCUAAUUAUUCGCCACAAAGGUUAAGGUACUCGUAAAGCACCCCGUUAAAGAACAGACUUUACGACGUCGGGCGUAGUUGAAGUACAACGAACAAGUCCUUCUUACGUCUGUACGAUGCUCGCGUAAGAACGUAACGAUCGUGUCUAACCAUUAAACCUUAACUCCUUGCUAAUUUCUCACCUUCAUUUUCGUCAAGCUUUAUAUACUACGCUGAAUAUUGUGAGUGUACCCUUAGAAGGCGAAUUUCAACUUAAAGCGUGUUAUAAUAAAUUCCAAAUUAAUUUCUGUUCCUAAUGCCAUUCAUUAGAUUGAUACACUCGCGGGCAAGGAUGGGUAUCCCUGGUUAAAUGAAGGUAUAGAGGGAGGAGCCUCAUGCCACCGCUAUUCGCCUGAUUCGUUCUAUAGCGCGGUGGAAGGGGUAACCGAAUUGCCGACGCGAACCGAACUCUGCCGAAACGAGGCGCUAGUGAGUUAGACGAAUGGUGGGAGGCUGCGUUCCGUGCUCAUUCAUUUUUUCACGCAACUGUACAAUCGUUGCGUGGCUAUUGGGCGGGUCAUUUUCCGAAGACGAAUAUUACUCGUCACUAGGGGAACCUGAUAUGUAGAAAUAGAUAGUUGUUCCACAUUGGUAACAACGUGCCCACGUAUCACGAGUCUUCAAGCAAUAAUAGUAAAACUUUUACUACGCGAUACGGGUGUGUAUCGUUCACCAAUCGAACGCAUCGAAUCCCGGCACGUUCGUGCGCAGGUACUAGUGUACGGGAAACGUACCAUUCGCUGUAAAAAUCCCCUCUUGAUGUUGGUCUCGCGAGGGCAUCAUUCGCAUCGCUGGAGGAUUCUCUAUCCGAUUCACGAUCUUUGCGAGUCCGCCUUUAAGAAAACUCCCGUAUGGGUGGAGGUUAGAAAAGCCCGCGAGUGGGACAGAGAGUGGUACCAACCGUGUAACAUGAAAAUAAGAUAGAAAAUCGAAGGGUAGAAUGGUAGGGGGGGUUGGAAGCCGCGAGGUAAGCGUACAAGAUAGAAGAGGAGGAGAUUGUCCGUGGAAGGUGGGCGUGAGAGUAAGAAAGAAAGAAAGGAAUGGAAGAGGCUAGAGGAGGUAAAGAGAGACAAAGAGAAAGAAAGAAAGAGAGUGGGAUGCUGCAAGAGAAGCAAGAGAACAGAGUUGUGGUGUGCAAGGCGAGAGUGGACGGACGGCAUACCACCACUAUCCGCUCUUUACCUCUCUCGUCUCUCCCAGCUCUCUCCCUCUCCUUCUAGCGGCGUGACUUUUAUUCACGGGGCCCCGCUUCUCGGCCUGUUUCCAUCUCGCUUCCUCUUUAGAUUUCACGUCUUGUUCCGUCUCUCUGGUCCGCGGUGGUUCUCCGUGAGUCAGGGAGAGGUGCAGCGUCGAGAGCUCGCGAAAUGCCAGUGAUUCGACGCGACUUCGACUACGCGCACUACCCGACAGUUUUUCUCUCCUCGGUAGACGAGGGUACCGUGGCUUCAUCGAUGUUCGUUCCUCUGCCCUACGAUACGCGAUAAGGGUGGACCCGCGUCGCGAGUACGCUAUACGACCCUACCCUACGCUGCUAUCGUCCUUGCUUUUCCCUCGGCCCGGCCGCGCUCAUUACUCUCUUCCUUGCUUAUACUACUAGUGCCGCUAGUAUUACCGCAUCUACUUCUUCUUAUUCAUCCUUUGCAUAAUAGUAAUAUUAUUGUAAAUAGUAUUCUGGUACUACUAUGAAUGUCUCUGUUGUAGUCUGCGCCCCCCCCCCUCUCUCUCUCUCUCUCUCUCUCUGUCUAAAGCAUAUACCUUUGUCUUUAUUUUGCCAUAACUACGACGGUGUUUACGUACAAUGGAUAAUUUUCCCGUGAAAAUAUCAAGGACUCGGUGCUCGUGUUACGAUACUAUGGAUUAUUAUUAGUUUGUUGGUAUUUGGUUAAAGAACGUAUAUACGUGCUCUAUGUUAACCCUCGAAUGGCGGUGCUUCGACUCCGAGGGUUAAGAAUGCAUUGUUUAUCAGAAGGGAAGAGUAGACCUCAGUGUCGACAAAGUGUCGCAGGAAUUCGAUCGAAAGGAGUAAAGCUUGUGAAAUAGCUUCACGUGGGCGAAGAAUACGACUACAUUAUUCCCUUAACCCUUUUACUAUGGACGACGUCCAUAUAUGUAUAUACGUAAUGGGAAAUCGGUUGUUAAUUGCAAAAUGCGUAUCGCAAACGACUAACAAGAUUAGUAAUAAGUAAAUAAAUUAUAAAUCAAGAUUUAGUAUAUUGCAGCGAAAUGUUUAACCCGCAGGUUGUUGAAAUUGAACGUUGCAAGUUUUGCACCGAGAAACCGGUAUCAUCGCGAGGCAUAAAUUUCAAGCGCAUUGCUUUUGAAAAUCCAACAUUUCAUUUAGAAAUCGCCAGAGAUAGCGGACAUUUGGAUCGAUCGAGAUCUAACGCGUUGGCGUGUCGAAGUUUCUUCGCGCAGUCUCGAAACUGUCUUUCCCCUCUCAUUCUCUCAUGUAAUUUCCUUUUUACCGGCGCGCAAUUUCAUCGUCGUACCGUGUUAUAGACGAGCUCGUGAUUGGAGAACGCGAAUUAAUGAGAAUUAAUAAAAAGAAAAAGUUAGGUCAUGCAUUGACAGUGUUAGCAAAGAAAUCGAAGGAAAAAGUCAAAUACGCGUGCAGCGGAAUUCAUCGAGCUAUGACCAAAAUUUUCCCUUUCUCCUCUUAUGUAUUGGCCUUGAUCCACAAACUAAGCACUGUAUACACUAAUGCUUUUCUAAUCUGCAAAAACGAUAGCAGUCGUUUUUUACACUUAAUAAUAUCGUUUCAGCGUAAUACGCGUAGCGCGAAAUUCGAACUGUCUUGCGUGUUUCAAUGUGCAAACGUGUGCAAAACCGUGUUUCCUUGGUUCUGUUCGUCGAGUGCACAGUGAACGUUGAAAAGCCAGUGAAAGAAGUAUCUUGGAAAAUCAUAAUUCCUAUUUCAUUAUCGGGUUCCAUCGAAGGAGGAUACGUGUUUCCCAACGCGCCGCGCAGAGAAAUAAUAAAAGUACACGAGAGCGGUGUAGAGCGGCGGAGUAAAGGGUGAAAUCAAGUGUGUCGUAAUCGUUCGAGGGGCGGAGAAAGUAUCGUUCGAGAUGUUUUCAACGAUUCCAGAUGCUCUCUAGAUGAAUCCACGUUGUGUAUCAAACGAAGAAAACAAAAAUCGUUCUGAUUUUGCAUUGGAAAGAAGAAAAAAAAAAAAGAGGAAAAAUUCACAUCGUGUAACAUUUUAACGAGCUAACGUUUCUUCGGCAACCAGCCGCUUUUUGAUUCCGUGAUAUUAAUCGCGAUUUUACCGCUAUCGAGAAGCAACCAGCAGCUACGAGUUUCCUCGAGGCAGAACGCGGCGAGGAUGAUUUCGCGCGCUUUGAACAACGCUUGAAACGCGUGACGAGUCGAGUUUAAAAUCCGUCCUUCUCAUCCUCGUCCUGGUCUUUGCCAGCUUAAGUUAUUUUCCAUGCGAUUGUUGUCCGUCGAAACGGUUUUUGUCAAGGGAUCGUGAAUCUGUGGACGAAGGGCGAAAAGGGAAGAGUAGAAGGUCGAUGAAGAAGAAGAAGAAGAAGAAGAAGACGAAGAAGAAGGAGGAAAAGGAGGUGGAGGAGGAGGAGGAACGAGGCAGCCACAGCGUCGAAAAAGGAAAGCCACGCUGAUUCGCGACUGGAAGACCUCGGUGUUGCACCUUAAGAUCGCAGAAACGCUCGAUCGUGCGAGCAAAGGAACGAAGAUACCAACGAAAGAGAGAAAAGGAGACUGGUAGUAGAACCAGUGUGGGUUCAGGUGUUCUCUGUUGCUCUUCGGCUGGCUGGAAGGACUCGCGGAGGACCAAACCAGCCCUUCGAUUCUUCGCUGGCUCCUUCGAAAGGAUAUUUGCUUCGAAUUGCGCGAUAACUUGCGAAAACCGAGUCGAGGCUGAAGGGGACGGAAUUGAGAUUUCCAUUCUCGUCGAAGGAAAAUGAAACUCGAGGUCGUAAUCUGCUUAGUCGUAAAAUUCAUAUUGCAAAUGAUUCGAGCAGCUUGAUCGGUGUGUAGACUAAUCAAGAGACAAGGCAAGAUCCUAUACAUAUGGAGAUACUGGAAGAAAAAAUCGCGAAGACGAAACGGCGAAAGGAUAAAAUGCCAGCUGACGAGUCGACGAUUUGAACGAUGAGACCGUUGUCCUUCGAGAACUUGAGGAGGCUCGUGGGUCGCAAGAAGGACCGCAACGAGCCGUCCUUCAAGCGUAGCGAGUCCUUCAAGAGGAUAUCGAUAAGAAAAAGUUAUCUAGAUCGAGGCAAACGUCGUAACAAGCUUCAGAAAAGCUUGGAACCGACGACCGUUGUUCCUCCUACCAUCGAUACAAAUUCGAACGAGAAACCGAUCGAGAAGAGUGUCAUUAAGGAUCAGAAAGCGAAGAAACUUCAGGAUGACACGUUGACUCGCGAGUCCAUUAGUUACGACGAAUGGUUGCAAGGUGUCAGUUCGUCCUCGCGGGAGAAACUCGACCAGGUGCAUCGGGAGCAACAGCAGAACAAGCAAAACAGGCAACAUGGCGUGGCGAAGAGUAAAACUAGCAGCAAGUUUCAAAAGCAGAACGAUGCCGAUCACGUGGCUGAAGAUUUGAAAGUUCUCGAGCUGAAUGGAUCGCCGGUGUUGCACGCGAAAUCGUUUAAAAUUUCGGGUGAAACUGUUCAGGAGAAAAGCGGUAGUCAGCAGGAUAUUCUGCAGAUUCAGGAGCCUUCCGUGGAAGGACCUCCUAGUGUUAGCAUAAGUUUGGGUAGGAUUUGGAGGGACGCGGUACCGGUACCGUUUCCUUCGCCGUCUGGACCAUCGGUUCACCAUUCUUUGGACAGUGCUUUGAAGGAGAGGAAACCUCAGCCUACAGUGGCGAGGACGGUGUCUGCUCCGGAGAAGAGCGUUAUUGGAAAGGAUGCAUCGUCCGCGUUUGGCUUUUCGCUUAGGAUCGCCAGGCUGGCUGAUUUUCGAGCAGGGGGUACGAGAAAUGGUUUCUUUAACCGAAGAAAGUCCAAACCAUCUCCGAGCAUGAGCGGCGAGGGUUACUUCAGGCGAAGCAACGCUUCGAGACGAUCCAGUUCUCGACGACAUGGAAAACGCGCCUCACAGAAGACGAAGAAGUCGUCUCGUCCACCGAGAUCGAACAGCCCGGUGUGGUUCGUUCCACCGGAAAGACGUCGUUCGAGACGUCAACGACGAGUGUGGCGAGAGAUCAGAUACUUUCCCGAAACGGUGGUACCCGUAGUGGAGAAAAUCGACGAAUGGUCGUCGAAUUUAUCGGACGAUCAAUUCGACGACGCUAAAUUGCUACUUUCCGGUGAUUUCAACGACAGACCGGAAGGUGGAUCGAACUCUCCAGUCUCGUCCUCUUUGGGCUCGUUCUCCGCCACUUCUUCCUCGUCGUCCGCUUGCAGACCACCAAAGAUCAGCGACUUCAACGAGGACAAACUGUUCUCGGAAGAAUUGAGAAACAACGGUGUUCUCACGCGAAGAACCACAUGGAGACCUAUCACUUCCAAUUAUUUCGCGAGCAAUCAGUUCCUCAGUUUUCUGUCGAAAGGCUCGAGCAACCUUGUUCACGGGAAAGAUAAGACCAGGCCGGAUUCGUUGAUGUAUUAUAGGUGUUUAUCAUCCAGUGACAGCGAGACCGAAAACGAGUCGAAUAAGUUUGACGGUGAACGGAGGAAAAAUUCGCACGUUAAUCAUAGGCAGCAACAAUUAAAGAGACAGAGGUCGGGACUUCGAAGAAGACCUCUCAGAAGAAAAUCCCAGCUUCGAAAGGCUUCCUCUGGACAACCGGUGUUUCUUGUCAGGAAGUGCUCCUCCUUGAGGAAAAGACCUAGGGACAUUACACAGAAGGGCUACGAAAAGAAACGGACACGUCUACUUCAGCAAUAUGCCUCGAAGCAGCUGGGGGCUGAAAACGAUGGAGGAGGAGGUGGAGGAGGUGGAGGUGUCUGCGUCCUCGGUAUCACAGGGGUGGAGAGAACGGGUUAUGGAAGCGGUGGAGGUGGUGGAGGUGGUGGUGGUGGUGUCGUUGGGGGUAUCGGCGUCGGCGUCGGCGUCGGUGGCCGACCGCAGCCACGUGCACGUCGCACGCAACGCCGUGUCACGCACAACGAGAAGCGCUAUCAUUCAGAGGUGCGCCAGGAGGCGGUGCAGCAAGCUUUGGCGGCGAUGCAGGGUCGUCCAAAGCCAUCGUUGCCUAUGCCGUCGAAGAGAACCUCCGUGAUGGCCAGGAGUCCGGAUCGUGAACGUCGCGACAGUGGAGAAUCGAGCAGCGACGAGGACAGCGUGGUCACCGAAGAGAGUCCCGGUGCUGGUGGUCCAACAGGCACAGGAUUGUCGGAUACCAGCAGCACCGGUUCAGCACGAGACACGCCUCCGCCUCCGCGACCACCGGCUAGGAGACCUCCUGGUGCGGACAUCACGGACAUCGCUGAAUACGCGCCCCACGCGUACUGCAAUAUCCAGCCUCCGGACGUAACGCACACCAGCAACACACCGUCUGCGCAGCAGUCAACCAGGCGACCCGGCGCCGAUCGGGUCAAUCGUUACCACGUGGUAGAGGAUCAGAACAAUACAGGGACUACCGGUCGUUGGAAGGUAUCCGCGAAGAUUCAACAGUUGCUCAACACUCUGAAACGACCGAAGCGGCGACCGUUGCCAGAGUUCUACGAAGACGAUGAUAUAGAAUUGGAGAUUGCAGCUAAUCCGAAGGAUCCUAAUGCUCCUAAACCGGAGGGUGGUUCUAUGACCUCCGCGGUUGGCGAACCAUUGUCCGUGGCUGCAGGUUUACCUAGAUCUCUUGAGGCUGCUAUACAAAGGUACGGUUCAGCAUCGUACAAAGCACCAGUGGCAACCGUUCUAGAUCCGAACGGCAAACUUUGCGUAACGCUUACCUAUGGAAAACUUCUCAGUCGUUCUCAUAAAAUAGCCUAUACGCUGCUAAACAAGGCUCUAAGUCGUGGCGGCGAUUGCUGUCUGAAACCAGGAGAUCGGAUCGCUUUGGUUUAUCCAAACAACGACCCGAUUAGUUUCAUGUGCGCCUUUUACGGUUGCCUCCAGGCUGGCAUUGUACCUGUGCCGAUCGAAGUCCCGCUUACGCGUCGAGAUGCGGGUUCCCAGCAAAUUGGUUUUCUCCUGGGAAGCUGUGGAAUUCAGGUGGCGUUGACCAGCGAGGCUUGUCUAAAAGGCCUCCCGAAGACCGCGGCUGGUGAAGUGGUGGCUUUCAAAGGCUGGCCAAAGCUCCAUUGGUUUGUAACCGAACAUUUGGGUAAGACACCGAAAGACUGGCUACCGCCGCCUCGAUUAACCGACGACACACCAGCGUAUAUCGAGUACACGACUGACAAAGAUGGCUCGGUGAUGGGAGUGACGGUGACCAGGUCCGCGAUGCUGGCCCAUUGUCGAGCUCUGACCCAAGCCUGUGGUUACACGGAGGGAGAGAACGCGGUAUGCGUAUUGGACUUCAAACGAGAGGUUGGUCUCUGGCACAGCACCCUGACCAGCAUUCUGAACGGGAUGCACGUGAUCUUUAUCCCGUAUGCCCUGAUGAAAGUGAAUCCAGCAAGCUGGAUGCAAAUGAUCACGAAACAUCGCGCCAGCGUGGCUGUGGUGAAGUCACGGGAUCUUCACUGGGGUCUACUGGCGACCAAGGAUCACAAAGAUAUCUCUUUGUCAUCGUUGAGGCUGCUGUUGGUCGCUGACGGUGCUAAUCCAUGGUCCCUUUCGUCUUGCGAUCAGUUUCUCUCGGUAUUUCAAUCUAAAGGCUUGAGACCGGAUGCUGUGUGCCCUUGCGCUUCCUCCAGCGAAGCGCUCACCGUUUCUGUGAGAAGACCGGGACGGGCUGGAGUGAACGCUACUGGGCGUGGUGUAUUGUCCAUGUCUGGACUGAGUUACGGAGUUGUCAGGGUGGAUCAGGAGAAUUCGCUUACUUCUUUGACGCUUCAAGACUGCGGACAAGUCAUGCCUGGAAGUAUCGUGGUCGUGAUCAAGAUGGAAGGUCAACCGUUCAUCUGUAAAACCGACGAAGUAGGCGAAAUCUGUGUCCACAGUUCAGCGACUGGCAACCAAUACUGGGGAUUGCAAGGAUUGACGAACAACACGUUUAAAGUGUCUCCUCUUCAAGCUGAUGGAACUCCUCUUGGUGACGUGGAGUACACUCGUUCUGGUCUGUUGGGUUUCUUGGGUCCUGGUGGCCUAGUGUUCGUUUGUGGAUCUCGCGAUGGUCUCAUGACCGUCACCGGAAGGAAGCACAACGCCGACGAUAUCAUAGCUACGGUACUGGCCGUCGAACCGAUGAAGUUCAUUUACCGUGGUAGAAUAGCCGUUUUCAGUGUACGGGUCUUGAGAGACGAAAGAAUAUGCGUCGUUGCGGAACAACGACCCGAUUGCAGCGAAGAAGAAAGUUUCCAAUGGAUGUCGCGGGUCCUUCAAGCGGUAGAUUCGAUUCACGCGGUUGGAAUAUACUGUCUAGCGUUGGUACCGCCGAACCACCUCCCCAAAACACCAUUAGGUGGUAUUCAUCUGUCGGAAACAAAACGACGCUUCCUAGAGGGUACCCUACACCCGGCUAACGUUCUACUUUGUCCGCACACUUGCGUUACCAAUCUACCAAAACCACGCGAAGUCCAUUCAGCGGGGGAUUCUGUUGCAGACGUUGGUCCGGCCAGUGUGAUGGUGGGCAACAUUGUUCAGGGUAAUAGAUUGGCUUCUGCUCAAGGACGUGACAUGGGUGUAUUGGACGAGGAUAGUGAUAACGCGAAAAAGUAUCAGUUCAUCUCGGAGAUUCUUCGAUGGCGUGCUGUCAGUACCUCCGACCAUGUAAUCUUCACGUCGUUGAACGCCAAAGGAGCAGUAGCAACAUCCUUAUCUUGCUCGCAAUUACACAAGAAAGCCGAACGAAUCGGGAAUCUUUUGUUGGAUCGCGGAAGAAUCAAUACAGGAGAUCACGUUGCGUUAAUAUUUCCGCCUGGUACAGACUUGAUAUGCGCAUUUUAUGGUUGUCUAUACGUUGGAGCCGUGCCAGUUACGAUCAGGCCACCUCAUCCGCAAAACCUUCAAACCACUCUGCCAACCGUUCGCAUGAUCGUAGACGUUAGUAAGUCUGUGCUCGUGCUGACGAAUCAAAAUAUCUUGAAACUGCUGAAAACAAAGGAGGCGAACAAUGUCGUUGACAUAAAGAGCUGGCCGACGAUUCUCGAUAUGGAUGACAUGCCAAAGAAGAAGCUACCUGUUAUGUAUCGAGCACCUACGGCGGAGAUGUUGGCUUACCUAGACUUCAGCGUCUCGACUACAGGCAUGCUUGCAGGAAUAAAAAUGUCUCACGCAGCAGUGACGUCUUUGUGCCGUGCCAUGAAACUAGCCUGCGAAUUGUAUCCAUCUAGGCACAUCGCUCUGUGUUUGGAUCCUUAUUCUGGAUUAGGAUUCGCUCUAUGGUGUUUGAGCAGUAUAUACAGCGGUCAUCAUUCCAUACUUAUACCUCCGUCGGAGGUGGAAGCCAACCCAGCGUUGUGGUUAUCGGCAGUUAGCCAGUCUCGAGUAAGAGACACGUUUUGCUCUUACGGCGUAAUGGAACUGUGCACAAAGGGGCUGGGUUCCUCUGUUCACGCUCUGAAAGCUAGAGGCGUCAGUUUAGCCUGUGUUAGAACGUGCGUAGUCGUUGCCGAAGAGAGGCCACGAAUCGCUUUGACCACGAGCUUUAGUAAACUUUUCUCAGCUUUGGGACUUAGUCCGCGUGCCGUGUCCACUUCCUUCGGGUGUAGGGUAAACACGGCUAUUUGCCUACAGGGUGCGUCGAGUCCGGAACCUUCAACGGUAUACGUAGAUCUUCGCGCGUUACGCAAUGAUCGAGUAUCUUUGGUCGAAAGAGGUAGCCCUCAUUCUCUGUGUUUGAUGGAAUCAGGAAAACUACUUCCCGGAGUGAAAGUAAUCAUCGCCAAUCCAGAAACGAAAGGACAAUGCGGUGAUUCUCAUUUGGGUGAAAUCUGGGUGCAGUCGGCUCAUAACGCCAGUGGUUAUUUCACGAUAUACGGUGACGAGAGCGAUUACGCGGAUCAUUUCAACGCCCGUUUGGUAACAGGAAACACGAACGAGGUGUACGCCAGAACUGGUUAUCUCGGUUUCUUGCGACGUACCGAGAGCGUUCAGCAGUCGGUUAUCAGUGACGUUCCCGGGGACACUUCCGCCGCGGAAGCGGAUCUCGUUCCCGGCGAUGCUGAAUUACACGACGCCGUGUUCGUCGUUGGCGCUCUCGACGAGGCUAUUCUUCUCAGAGGAAUGCGGUAUCACCCGAUCGAUAUUGAGAAUAGCGUGAUGAGGUGUCACAAGAAAAUAGCAGAAUGUGCCGUGUUCACAUGGACCAACUUGCUGGUGGUGGUGGUAGAGCUUGACGGAAGCGAAAGCGAAGCAUUAGAUCUGGUGGCAUUGGUCACCAGUGCCGUUCUCGAAGAGCAUCAUCUGGUAGUCGGUGUAGUGGUGGUCGUGGAUCCCGGAGUGGUCCCGAUUAAUUCCCGCGGUGAGAAGCAACGAAUGCACCUGCGGGACGGUUUUCUGGCGGAUCAGUUGGAUCCUAUCUAUGUGGCGUACAACAUGUGAACGAUGUCAAAAGACGUGACAAACUUAUUGCGUGCUGAACCACGCGAGACUGGUGUUGUAUUCUCCAGUACUCGGAAGUACUCUCGACUCGAAGUCACAAGCUGUAUCUCAAAUAGUCUUUCCUCGAGGAAGACGUUCUCUUCGGAAGAGACGAACUUGGAGUAUAUUACUAGGACUCUACGUAUUUUUAAAACAAACGUCGUCCCUAAACAAUCUGUAUUAACGAGCAUAUUCGAAUCUUUUAUUCCCACGUUAAUAAUGUAACGAAAGCAGCUUGUUUGCACUUGGAAAUUCGGAAUCGUCCGUCAUCCUGGAGGAUACAUGAUAUUUCUCUUUGUCAUGAUAUUCGAAGCAAUUUCGUGCGAACAAGCAUCGCGUAUGACAAACUGGGACACGAUAUUAAUAGACCCGUUUCGUACGUGAAUCUCCGAUAGAAUCGACGUCUAGCAGAGAAAAUUCUGUAUGUAAAAUGAUUUAGAAACGAUACGCACAGAGCAUCGUUGAUGCUCAAAGGUGUUGAGAUGAUUUUACGUAAUUAUACGUAUUUUACCAACGAAGGAUUUAACGCGCAAAACUAUUCAGACUGUCACGAUUGAUAUACAGCUCAGAAUCGAGUUAGAAUCGUGGUUUUAUACAUUGUAUUUACCUGAAUGUUAAACCGACGAACAGUAUCAUUCAUCAUCAACGACCUCAGAACGGUAGUGAGCUUUUUUAUGAAUGAAAUAAUAUACAUGAAACGUAGACAGAGGUGAAUUUCAUAAAAGGAUUACACUCUGUUGAUACAGAUACACUCUGGAGAAUACAGAUAUGCAAAAAUUAUCUGACGUCUGUUAGAAGAAGUUAAAAGAAACGAGAAGAGAAUUUGAUACGCACUUUAUCGUAGACUGGUGUAGCUUAACGAUUUUUUACUACAUAAAGGUAACGAUUAGCUGAACGUAAUCAUACUAAUGUAAUGAAACGUAAAUGGUUUUAACUGUCGACACACGUAUUUUCUAACGUAUUUGACGCCGAAAUUUUCACGUGCAGGAUGUUUUAAAUUUAAAGGGUCAAACUUUCUUGCUACGUUUUCUAACAAAAUUUAAUUAUUUAAUUAUGAAAUACCCUGUACACGGUUCGCUAUCGCUCUGACUAAGAAUUUUAUGGAACUCCGUUCCGGGUCAAUUUUUCUGUUGUUGGUAUCGUACAACGAUAUUUUCAAGUAUAUAUCAAUUUGGAAUCUUAUUGUGUUUUCAAAUCGAUAAAAAAUAUUUAGUAUCGUUUAGCUGCGUUGCGCACAACACCGCACUUUUAUACCUCGAAUAUUCAUAUUUAUAUUCUGCGGCACGCGAUAAACACAGCGUCUGUAUACAUUGAAAACGUAUACUUUAUUCGUUAAUCCAUUCAGUUGACACAGGUGUUUAAUCCUUUGAAGGAGAAUGGCUCAUUUUGAGUCACUAUUGACAAUUUAUUGCGUGCUGAGAGGGUACACUUUGGAAACCAUUAGAAAACUUAUCACUUGGCCAAUUUUCUGAUAGUAAUAGAUUAACCGUAUUAAGGUUUUCGAAUUCGUAUCUCAGGGUUCUAGAUCGUUUUUAACUAAACAUUGAUAUAAAGAAGAAACAGAAAAAAAAAAAGAAAUAACUAUUUAGAACAAUCCCCUUUUGGACACUACGUUUAACCCUUUCGCUGCAGACGACGUAUAUACGCAUCAAUGUACUAUUCAUCAAAUUUCAGUGGUCUCUAAUGGAAGGGUUAAAAAAAAAUACAGAAAGUACAGAUAGUUAGUGGAUCGUUGAGUUCACUCAGAAAGAUUCUUAGUUUAGUCAGUACGAAAAAGUUACCCUCGAUAAUCAAGAAGAAAUCGGUGAAUUACAUGCGCGAAAAAUUGACACAAUUUUUCUCCUUUUGUUCUUCACAUUUUCAUUGCACAAAACUGGUCACCUCGACCAAAGCUCAAUCUUACGUACACGUAUUGUGUUGCCGCAAUCGUCGACUUUCGGGUGGAAUUUAUUUGAAUCAACUUCUUUUUAUUUUACCCAUCGGUUGUAUUUUCAGUUUAACAAGAGCAUCGAAAUAAGUAAUUAAGAAGCGAUCUAAUCUAACAACGAGAACAAGAAACGUUAAUAAUUUAUAAUUUAUCGUUGGCCUAUAUUUCCAAAAAGAUUUUUGGCACACCUGUUGUACCAAAUGUUAUCCAGACCCGAAAGACGAUGAUGCAUUCCCUCGUUUCCUUGACAAGUUUUAUCAUUUUCGAGGCAUUGUCUGUCGACGUGUACAUUUGUUGAUAGUUUUAUAAUUUUAUAUAUUCUUAUUUUAAUAUAACGACAGAGAAUUGCAGCUAGUGUAGUGUUUCAGAUACACUACUCCCAGAAAGACUUAUCACGCGAAUCAUGUUGCGAUUUAUGACGAGACAGGUUUUGCGAUACGCGUGAUACGCGAAUUGUAACAAUUAACAAUUAACACUUUCGUGACCGAUCAAUCUGAUGCGAUCAUUAAUCUGAGAGUAGUAAAACUUUUUAAUGAAAGAUAGGAAAAUAAAAUUGGAAAAUCUAUUUUCUAGUUACCAUUGAAACUAUAAUUGAAAUGAAACUAUAAAUUUGUAAAUUUUUAAAAUAAAAAACGGUCACGAGUGUGUUAAUUACAUCCCAGAUGUCCAUUUACAGGCGUCUUGUAAAUACGUAUGAAAACUGGCGAAUUAAUUAGAAUUUUCCUUUACUUUUGCGACGCGUCUUACAGUCUUGAGAACCUGUUGUACUUGUAUGUCAACAAAUACAAUGCUGUCGUUCGUUUAUAACGUUACACUAGAACCUUUAGUAUCCAACGAAUCGUCGAUGAAUGUCCACGACAGGAAGAUAACAUGUAAAACGUUUCAAGUGCAAAGGGUUGUAAGUACCGUAUCCGUUUCCUCUACUUUUUCUUUUUUAAUAAUUAAGCUAUCGUGCCAUGUCACCUUGCGUUCUUUUGCGCUUGAACACUUUUCUUUCCAACAAAGAGAGAAAAUAAAAAGGGUUCGUUCGUGCGUGGAAACGAAAUCGUAUCAAUGUGCAGCAUUAAGGGUUUUCUUAUUUUUUAUGGAAUUUGCAAUAAAGAGAAGCCCGUUUUGUUAUUUAUUGCGUAGAAGUAAAUAUCGUCACGUCAGGUCUCAUCAAUAGAAUUGUUUACAUUAGCACAGCUCGGUUCCGUUAUGAUUUCUCAAGUACAAAUCGAAAUCGUAUUCCCCUCACUCGACACGUUCGUUUACCCACGUGUAACGUCUAUUUAACAAUUUCUUACGUAUUCCUGCUGUUUUUUUUAUCGAGCUAAUUCUAUAGACUGAGAGCAAGUGAAAGGGUUUCGUUUGAAUUAGCAGUGAUAUCCGUAUACCCAUUUCGUAUCGCUGUACGAGCGAAAAUUAUUGGACAGGUUUUGCUAAAUAGAAUCAUACGAUGUAAUCAUCGGAUAAUCGAAUGAAAAUGGGCGAGAAAAAGAACGUCGACAUCCGACCCAACGAGUGAGACUGAUGAGAGUGCGUGUGCGAGGAACUUGGUUGUAUUAUGUAUAAAUGUUGAUAAUUAGUUGAUAGGAAUGUGUGAGGAACACAUGUCUCAUCGUUUUACGAUCGCGAAGAUGAAGAAGUUCAUUUCUUCGGAGUCCAGUGAAACAAUUCUUUAAGAAAACCCUGUCGCGUGUAUAACCCUGGACCUUGUGAAGAUGGUCCUAGGCUGUGUAAAUAUAUUACGCCCCCUCUCAUCCCCUUGUACCCUUGCGUUAGAAGUUACUAAGGUACGAUAUAGUUUGUACGUUAAAGUAUAUAUAUAUAUAUAAAUAUUACCACGGAAUUAUUAUAAAUGUAAACGGUCACAGUCCUUAACAAGCCCGUAGCAUUUUGCCUGUAUCAAUCGAAACGAGAAUUAUUAAUGUUUCGUGUAUAACAUCCCCCUUUUUUCCGGUUACCAAAAAUCCCUCUUCCUUCAUCCUUACCGCUCCUCGUCUCUUCGUUCGAGACACUGCGAGAGGGAUGGAUAAGAAGAGGGUAAACUUGGCGAAAUCGAAAUAAGAAAAAAGAGAAGAACAAACGGACGAUAGAGAAGGAACGUCGUAGCAAUUUUUAUUAUAUAGGGUGUUCAGCUGUGGAUGAACUUUGACAGGAUGAUAACUGGAGUGAUUCUGAACAAUUUUUUCCUUUACCAAAAUGCUCGUCAAGGCUUAGUUUUUGAAUUAUUAAUGAAAAACACCCAAGCAAGUAGUGUGCACAGCGCGCAGGCGCAGCCACGGGAGUGUCGGGUACGAACUGACGUACACCGAGUAGUUUGUUCGUGAGCUCAGUUCGUAGCCGACACUCUCGUGGCUGAGCUCACGCGCUCUGAUUGUUUGGUGUCUUUUUUUAUUAAUAAUAAAAUUAUUCAGAAUUACUAUAGCUACCACCUUCUCAAACCACCCUUAGUCGAACAUCCUGUAUAGUCCGUAGCGGACUUUUUUUCGUUUUCGUUUUUGUCAAAGUAAAGAGAGGAAGAAUAUAAAAGAAACACAGGAUGAACGACGUCGACACUCGAUCGAGUUCCGUCGUUUCGCUAAAUAAAUAUUGCUAAAGUGAAUUAAUCCGGCAACUUCGAACCCAAGCGCCUCUUUGUAAUCCACUCGAUAUUCACGAGGAGCUUCGCGAGCUACCAUCAAUAAACGUAAUGUACAUUUUUUUGCAACGA